UAGUCAACGCACCGUUCCGUGUGAAUCGAUCCAUCCACCGGUGGCCUCCUCGUCGCCACUCGCCACCGGCGCCGCACUUCCCCCGUCUCCCCAACUCAUUCCUUGGCCCCUCCUCUCCACCGAAGCGAUAGCAAAGCCGCAGGCCGCACCAAUUGUUCCCUUCCCCCGGCGGCAGCAAACAUGGCGCUGGAGGUGCUGCCGGAGGAGUCCAACCGGUGCGUGCGCGGGUGCUGCCGUAGCGCCACCAUCCCGCUCGACCUUCGGUCCGCCUCCUUCUCCCUCCUCGCCCCCAUCGCGCGAGGCUCGGAGAGCACUGUGUACGAGGCAUUGCUGGGCGGCGAGCGCGCUGCGGCCAAGAAGCCUGUGCUGUCCACCGCCGAGGAUUUGGACAAGUUCCACUACCAGCUUCAGCUUCUCUGCAAGCUGGAUCACCCUGGGUUGGCAAAACUGAUCGCCGCACAUGCACACCCUCCGGCUUACUUGAUGUUCUUUGACUUCUUCGAGCCUCCAAAUCUUGCAGAAAAGAUACAUGUCGAGGAAUGGAUCCCUUCUAUCCAGCAAGUGGUUACGAUGGCCAGUGAUCUAGCAAAGGCUCUCCAAUACCUACAAAUCCUUGGGGUAGUACACAGAGAUAUAAAACCUGCGAAUAUUUUGCUAGACAAAGAUCUCCAUCCAUAUCUAGCAGAUUUUGGCUUAGCCAUGUUUCAAAAGGAUAUUAAGCGUGUCUCAGUUGAGAACUGGAAAUCAUCUGGCAAGCCUACUGGUGGUUUCCAUAAAAAGAAUAUGGUUGGGACACUAAUUUACAUGGCACCAGAAAUUUUGAGAAAGGAUAUACAUACAGAAAAGUCUGAUGUGUAUAGCUUUGCAAUAUCUAUCAAUGAGCUUCUUACUGGUGUGGUGCCCUAUACAGAUCUGAGAGCAGAAGCACAGGCACACACUGUUCUUGAAAUGACAUAUACUGAACAACAACUUACAGCAGCAAUUGUUUCUCAAGGAUUGCGUCCAGCACUUGCCCUUCCUGAAUCUGGUGCCCCACCAACUCUUUUGUCACUUAUCCAGCGUUGCUGGGAUCCUGAUCCUGAAAAGAGACCAUCAUUUGAAGAUAUAAUUGAUGAGCUAAAUAUAGUUCAAAAGCAUAUAGUUUCAAAUGCUUCUGUUCCAUCAUCUCCUGUCAGCAAGACUCAAAAUGGUACCAUAGAAGUGCACCAUUAUCAAGAAGCAUUGAACUGGUUCAACCAGGGGGAGCUUUUUGUUAAAGGAUCAAGUAGAUCAGACCUUAAGAAUCUUUGGUCUGAUUGUUUUGAUCAAUCUUCAGAGUACCAUCCAACAUUAAGUUGGGGCUCUUUUGCAACGUGUGGUCGAAGGGAAACCAUGGAAGACACCCAUUUUGUACUUCCCCAUGUGAGCGAAGAAAAUGAUGUUUUUGCCUUUGGCAUUUUUGAUGGCCAUAGAGGUUCAGCAGCCGCUGAAUUUUCUGUCCGAGCAGUUCCUGGAUUUCUCAAGCAAUUUGGUCAGGGUGCAAGCCCAACUGACGCUCUUUCAGAAGCGUUUGUAAGGACUGACAUAGCAUUUCGAGAAGAACUAAUUCUUCACCGGAAGUCAAAAAGGAUAAUUCAAAAAGAUUGGCAUCCUGGUUGCACGGCAAUAACCGCCCUGAUAGUGAGAAACAAGCUUUUUGUAGCAAAUGCUGGUGAUUGCCGAGCAAUCCUGAGCCGUAAGGGCAAACCAUUUCUGUUGACCAAGGAUCAUGUUGCUAGUUGCCCAAAUGAAAGAGAACGAGUAACAAAGGCGGGGACUGAAGUAAAAUGGCAAAUAGAUACGUGGCGAGUGGGUUCAGCUGCUCUUCAGGUUACAAGGUCAAUUGGUGAUGAUGACCUCAAGCCAGCUGUCACAGCACAACCUGAGGUUAUUGAAACUGCUUUAUCAGCUGAUGAUGAGUUCCUGUUUCCUGCAUGUAGGUGAUGGCUAGUGAUGGCCUAUGGGAUGUGGUAAGCAACCAGGACGUGCUGUCAAUAAUCAAGGACACGGUUAAAGAGCCUGGAAUGUGCUCGAAGAGGUUGGCCACGGAGGCUGCGGAGCGGGGCAGCAAAGACAAUAUCACUGUCAUUGUUGUCUUUCUUCGCCCCGUCUCCACAGCUGAGCGAAUCUACUGAGUCACCUCCCAAAACCUAUUCUCAUUAACUUCAGGUGGCCAUACCGCACGCCUUCCGCUGUUAAGUCGCAAUUUUUGUAUUCGAUCCACAUCGGUUCUCAAGAAGAAAAGAAGCUAUACUAUACGUCCAUUCUUGUAUUUGUAGAUAGAAGAAACAGCAGCCUCUGCGGCGGCUCUUUUUUUCAAUCUUUUGAAACAUUUCUCGUGUGUAAACUAUGCAAGCUGAAUGGAUAUUGUUGGCAUCGAUUUGAGCGUCAA